GCUUCGGUCGCUUCGUUGAGUUGUAACCCCUCCUCCCCCCACCCCCCACACACAGCCUCUGAGGGGGGAAACUAUGCCAGAUAUCGGCGCUCUGACAACAGGUGAGCGGCGCUGUGCGUGCUGCGGCUCGUCUCUGUGUGGACUAACAACAAGGUGGGAGAGCGGCGCUUUGCUGCAGAGCCAACGCUGUUUAGAGGCCGAGGAGCCUCUUCAAGAAAAUUGGAAGGUGUCAUUUUGGUUGCUGUCAACACAUUGUGUCGACUCAAAUGAUGCAGCGGAGAGAAACCCCCCCCCCGACCGGAAAAUGCCACACUGCUUUUGAGCAGCGAGCACUAAGGAUAAGAGCUGGCUUUUACCUUUGGUUGGUGGCAUGAAGACGAUCACGUCCAGCCUUCCUCUGCAGUAGCUUGGCAGCAUGGCUUCAUCACCUCCUUCCAGAGUGGACCCCAGCAGCUCGUUAACGCCGAGCUGGAUGCUGACGCCCACAUAGACCCACACCACUGAACCCAAAGCGAGGCGUUCCCCUCAGGCCUGAAAACGUCUGUACGAACUACUCUGAAAACAUGGCUGGUGCCGGAGCGGCUCGUAUCCAGGACUGAGCCGUCGCCUCAGCGUAACAGCAGCUGGGCCGAGACCUCGGACCAUGUUCUGCCUGUGAUUCGGGGCUUCGGUGGCAGAGCUGCGGCGUUCGGCAUUAAGACAAACCCGGACUCUGAGCCAUGUCUCUUCUCUUCGGCCUGAGCAUCGUCUGUGGAUUGAUGCUCCAUGAUGGUGUUAGUGCCCUCAACACUCAUUACUGUGUCCCGCGAAAGACCGUCCCCUUUCAGAAUGAUCUGAUGCUAUUUAGAGAGAAGGACAUAUUCAACUACUCCACUAUACUAAUGAGAGACGACCUGGGGGUGCUGCUGGUCGGGGCACGAGAGGCCAUUUACGCUCUGGACAUCGACAACAUCUCUGUCAGAAAGUCUGUGGUGUAUUGGAGAGUUCCCAAGGAGAAGCAGACCGAGUGCACGUACAAGGGGAAGCUCGCUGAGGUGGAAUGUCGCAACUACAUUCGAACCCUGCACAGAGUCAACGCCACCACUAUGUAUGUGUGCGGCACAAAUGCUUUCAGCCCCACCUGUGAUUACAUGACGUUUGUAAAUGGAACGCUGCAGCUGCAGCAGAGGCAGGACGAGGGGAAGGGGAAGUGUCCUUUUGAUCCCUUCCAGAGAUACUCCUCCCUCAUGGUCGGAAAUGACCUAUAUUCUGCUACAUCCAUCAACUUCUUGGGCUCUGAGCCGGUGGUGCUGCGCAGUUCGAACUUGGCUCUUCGCACUGAGUUUAGGAGCUCCUGGCUGAGUGAGCCAGACUUUGUCUACAUGGACCUUGUGGAUGAGAGUUCAGACAGUCCUGAUGGAGAUGACGACAAGGUGUAUUUGUUCUUCAGUGAGAAGGCCAUGGAGUUCGACCUCUACAGCAAGGUCGCUGUGUCACGAGUGGCCCGCGUCUGCAAGGGCGAUAUGGGCGGCCAGCGGACGCUGCAGAGGAAAUGGACGUCGUUCCUGAAAGCCAGUCUGGAUUGUUCCCUCUCUGAACCCAGCCUGCCCCCCAUUGUCCAGGAUGUCUUCCUGCUGAAGCACCAGGACUGGAGGAAGAGCAUCUUCUACGCUGUCUUCACGCAGUCGGCCUUGUCCCAGGUGUCUGCGGUCUGCGCCUACAGUGUGCAGUCUAUUAGCGAUCUUUUCAGUGAAGGAAAGUUUAAAACUCCUGUUACCGUGGAGACGUCCCACGUGAAGUGGGUGAUGUAUACUGGAGAAGUUCCAGUACCCAGACCGGGAGCGUGCAUCAACAAUGUUGCCCGUAAAAUGGGAAUGAACCGCUCUCUGGACCUUCCUGACAAAACCCUCCAGUUUAUCCGCGACCGUCCUCUCAUGGACGAACCCGUUCGUCCUCUGACAGGAGGACCGCUGCUGGUCAAGAGGGGAGCGCUGCUGACUCGCAUCGUUGUGGACAGUGUGCUGGCCCUGGACGGGCAGAGCUACGCUGUCAUGUUCAUCGGCGACGACAACGGUUAUGUCCAGAAAGCCGUCAACUACGAUGGAGAGAUGUUCAUCAUCGAGGAGGUUCAGCUGUGGGAGAACCCUGUGCCCAUCAUCGCCCUGCGCCUGUCAUCCAGCAAGGGUUGGCUGUACGCAGGCUCAGAGCUCGGCGCUAUCCAGAUGCCGGUGAGUAACUGCAGCCGCCAUGACACCUGCAUGGACUGCAUCGUGGCCAGGGAUCCUUACUGCGCCUGGGACCUGUCCACGCGCCAGUGCUCUUCAGUCCACAGCUCGCGCCCCUCCCCAGACAGCAUACAGAGCCUGAAGGAGGCAGACGUCACGCGGUGUCCUCAGCCAGAUCCGGUAGCAGCUGUGGACUUAACCCUUGUUCCUCAGAACAACAUCCAGCUGCCCUGCCAGCUCCACUCCAACCUGGCUCGGGUCCACUGGCGAUUCUCUGAGCAAACACUUCACUCCGACCACAAAUACUACAUCUACGACGGAGGCCUCCUCGUCCUGAGCGCCUCCGAGGCAGACGCAGGCGAGUACGUCUGUGACUCAGUGGAGCAGAUAAACGGCAGGACGUACAACCGAACCGUGGCGGUUUAUCGCCUGCAGCUCUACUUCGGACCAACAGCCCGGGCCGGUACCACCCCUAGCAGUGGAGUGACAAAUUCCACAGGUUCUGCUCACGGAGCCACUACAGCUGCGCCAGGCCCGAGUCCAACCACCCACAGCGGGGACCCGUUGCCCCCCGAGACUCGAAGUGACGGUGGCAAAAUAACGGGUCUGGAAGUGGCCGUGGCGCUGCUGUCGCUGCUCUGCCUCGUCCUGAUCGGCGCCGUCCUGUGGCGAUGGAAGUGCCUCACGUUUCUCCAGCGCUCCGGUGAGAACGAGGGGAAGAGGCAGUCGGGCGAUUACAAGCACAUUCAGUACAGGUCUCCAGAGAAGAAACUAACGGGGCCUCACUCUGGGAGACCUUGCAGUGCCAAUAAUAAUCACACUACUGUUGACUUCAAAGGGAACGGGGAGCACCACUUCCCACCUGUGAUUAACAUUUCAACUCUGAAUGGUCUGGGAUACAUAAAAGAAGAGUCAGCGAUUUGACCAGUUAUGUACUAACUACCUUCCUUAUACGUGUACGUCUAAGAUGAGAGUGUUCUUAGAAAACAUCUUCACAUUAUAAGUGGACUGAUCUCAGACAGCACGCCGUAGGGGGGGAAUGCUACUUUUGUAUGAUGACUUGGGAACAUGCUGUGUAAUAUAUGUGAUAUAUAAUGUACAGCAAAGCCCCUUUUUCCAGCUAUUUAUUUGUUUUUAUUUCAUUUAAAACAUGCAAAUCUACAGUCAGCUAAGCUUGGAAGUGUCAUUAGGGAGCAGUAGCAAACAGUGGCCUCUAAUGUCCAGGCUCCUUUUUUUGAUUUUAUGGAUACUACAUCUUAAAAGCAGAAACUGUCUGGUGGUCUUUGACCGUGUUAGUGAUGGACAUAAACUCACUGAUAAUGUUAAAUAGUCUAAACGGUUAUUUCACUCCUGUAAAUGUUUUACUAUUAAUGAUGCCACCCACAUCAUACUACUGUAAUGAAAGGGGCGUUUACUGUAGGUACCUGUGUUUUUUUUCUAAACCAAACAUAAUAUAAAUAUGAUUUCUUACUGUGAAUAAUACUGGAAAUAUUGUUGGUGUGUACAUUUUAGUCAGUAAACUAAACCUUUUUACAGGUAA